AUAGACGAAUUAACGUUUGCUUUGCUAUAACGCUGCGCGUAAACAAGUAACUGGUGUUCGUUUAUUCACUAGUCUAGUGAAGAAAAAUUGUGUAUUUUACACAUUUUAUUUAUUACGUGUCACUACUUUGAACGUUUUGAGUUAUUAAUGUACUCUUUGUAGCUAGUGCAGAGAUCGUACAUACCAACAACCAGAAAAAAUGUGCAUUUUUGAAAGGGAACGGAACGGCGUCCACAUCGCGGUUUGCGCGUUGUAGUUUUACACGCGUCCUGUUUUCGUUAACUCCAACCGGCGGAUUGAUCUGAGACCACUACAGUUCCCAGAAGGCCAUCCGCAACAAUAAAAUACGUCACCGAGCACGUGACCGUUAAGUGGAGCCGACCAAAAUCCCAAACAAGGAAAUGGUGGGGUAAUAAAACGAUCGGAUCAUUUAAUUAAUGCAUGUAAUAAUUAAUAUUUUAUUUUAUUGUAAAUUAAGAAAUAUUUAUGGGUUAAAAUGGACUACGACUUCAAAACGAAGCUCGCCGCCGAGAGGGAGAGAGUGGAAGAUCUGUUUGAAUAUGAAGGUUGUAAAGUGGGUCGCGGCACAUACGGGCAUGUUUAUAAAGCGAAGCGUAAAGACGGGAAGGAUGAGAAGGAGUAUGCACUGAAGCAGAUCGAAGGCACUGGUAUUUCCAUGUCUGCCUGCAGGGAAAUUGCUUUACUGAGAGAGCUGAAGCAUCCGAAUGUCAUCGCCCUGCAGAAAGUAUUUCUCUCUCACAGUGACCGCAAGGUCUGGCUCCUGUUCGACUACGCUGAGCAUGACCUGUGGCACAUCAUAAAAUUUCAUCGAGCGUCAAAGGCCAACAAAAAGCCCAUGCAGCUACCGAGGGGGAUGGUGAAGUCUCUGCUUUACCAAAUCUUAGACGGCAUCCAUUACCUGCAUGCCAACUGGGUCCUGCACAGAGACCUGAAACCUGCCAAUAUCCUGGUAAUGGGGGAGGGUCCGGAGCGAGGAAGAGUCAAAAUUGCUGAUAUGGGUUUUGCUCGACUGUUUAACUCUCCGCUGAAGCCUUUGGCUGAUCUGGACCCGGUGGUCGUCACGUUCUGGUACCGGGCACCCGAACUCCUGCUCGGGGCACGACACUACACCAAAGCAAUCGAUAUUUGGGCAAUAGGCUGCAUCUUUGCGGAGCUGUUGACGUCGGAACCAAUCUUCCAUUGUCGACAAGAGGACAUAAAAACCAGCAAUCCUUUCCAUCAUGACCAGUUAGAUCGCAUAUUCAGCGUCAUGGGCUUCCCAGCAGAUAAAGACUGGGAGGAUAUCCGGAAAAUGCCAGAAUAUCCUACUCUACAGAAAGAUUUCAGAAGAACCACAUAUGCCAACAGCAGUCUCAUCAAAUACAUGGAGAAACAUAAAGUCAAACCAGACAGCAAAGUGUUUCUAUUGCUCCAGAAAUCGCUGACUAUGGACCCCACCAAAAGAAUCACUUCUGAGCAGGCACUGCAGGACCCAUAUUUCCUGGAGGACCCCUUACCUACAUCCGAUGUAUUUGCAGGGUGUCAGAUUCCCUACCCCAAACGAGAGUUCCUAAGCGAGGAUGAACCAGAGGAGAAAACGGAGAAGAAUCAGACGCAGCAGCACCAGCAGACGGCUGCGCAGACGCAGACACAAACACAGACACAGCAGGCUCCAACCCAGCAGAGCUCAGCGCAGACAAACGGCACAUCAGGCACUGCAGGGGCCAACACGGGCCCCUCCCUACAGCACGGACAGGACCAGGGGCCACCAAACAAAAAACCUCGCACCUCAGGAACCAGUGUUCUUCAAACAGACUACCAGCACUCCAGUUCUCGGCUUGGUUACCAGAGCAAUGUCCAAGGCUCCACCCAGUCGCAAAGCACUAUGGGAUAUUCAUCCUCAUCUCAGCACUCUCAUCAGUCUCAUCGAUACUGAGACUCUAAAACAUACAUGAGCACUUAAAAGAAAUAUUAACCACAAGCAUAAAGCCAGGCAAGUCAGUGUUGUUAUUCGAAUAAAGGCCAACAUAAACAUAAAACCAAGUUUAUUCCAAUACAAAGCCUUCUGCCAUCCUACAAUCCUCAACAAAUGCUACUCCAAUCAAAGCACAACUUUGCAAAUCCCUUCCCUCAAACACCUCUGAAGAUCCUAAUCCAUAAUCAAACAUCAAAAUGUAACAUUUUGCUCAAUAUCUCGACAGUAUUUCAGUACAUUUAAAAAUUCACCAGCUCCAACACCAACCAUACCUUCUGCUGACUGUUUAGCAUCUCUAAUGUUUUCACAGUCGUCUUACCACCGUUAGACCUAACCACUUUUGAAAUGAUCAGCCAAAUGCUAUUCGGGUCGCAAUGGCUGGUUAAAUGUUGUUCCACCGGCAGACUCGCAAAAAACCUCCUUUCUUCAGCUACCAAAUCUCAGCCUCUUCUGGCGUUCCAGUGAAAAGUAAUUUGUCCGUCCUCACUGAAUGUGAAACGUCUGCAUGACAUGACAGAGAUAUUUAAUGUUUGAUGUAGAGUUAUGAUUUGUUAUGAUAUGAUCAGCAUCACAGAAAUAAAAACCUAGCGAUCAGUACAAUGUCCUGUCGCGGUUGUGCUGGUUAGGAUAAAAUCUCAGAUUAACUUGGAACCGACAGGAAGUAAACUAGAUCUGAGGUUGCAUUGUUAGGACAUGGCAGUAGGAUACAAUUCAUGGAAUUAUUUUACCCUGUAAAUGUAUGUGAUGGUGUAUCUGUCCGUUCGGGACUGAUAUGUGUGCUUACGACUGAAAACAUCGGCCUAAUGCAUAGUCAGUAAGAUGAACCAAACGUUAUUGGUUGCAUCUCUGGUUGAUUCUACCACCCAUGAGUGUUGGUUUAUCAUCUCAAGCCUUUCUGAGACGCCCCAUAUAACACACCUGAAACUAAUCACAUAGAGACAUCUACGAUAUAUAAGCAAUUGUACAUAGGAACUGAAAUCCCCUUUUAUCUUUCUCCUUCUCCUCUCUCCCAGUAAAGGGAGCUGCCUGCAUGUACGGACAGUAGAGCAGAGACUGGAUUUUUGUAACAUAUGUGUGCAUAUUAUAAAGACUGAAGAACAAAGAGCACUUACUGAGAGAAACGAAACCCAGCAUGACUCUGUGUGAGUGGAGAACAUCUCUCAGCGAUCGUGCACCACUGCAUUACUACACACAUCUCCUUUUGUUGUGUGAGAGUUUUUUUGGGGUGUGUGUGUGUGAAAUAUACACUCACAGAAACGAGUGUACGAGAGGAAACCCUGAGAUGUUCAUUUUCAUCCCUUUUUUUGCGUUAGUUACAUUAACAACCAAUAAAAAUAACAUCAGCUAUCAAAGAACAAGGACAUGGUUUGCUCUUUCUCUUUUUUUGCAGAAGAACAUGUUUUAGGAUUUUGGUCAGGACUAAAGUCCCUAAGUGUGUGUGUGUGUGUGUGUGUGUGUGAAUUUGCACAUGAAUUCACUUAAUGUGUGUCUCAUUAUCUGGGGCAGCUAGCAGUUGAACUGCUUCUGUGACUGUUAUUUCCUGUGUCCUGUUUAUUUUGUGUUUUAUAUGCUUUUAUUGUCUGUUUAUUGUUUUGAAGUGCAGUUAUUUCUUUGUGUUAUUUGAGCUCAGUAUGUGGACUGAAUCAUAGCGCUGAAUCAAACAAGGGCAACUGAUUUGAUUUGCUCCUUUGGCAAAGCUGGAGACUUCAGCUGUAUUUCUUACAGAUCGUUCCAAGCUGUCUUUGAAACACUGAAAUUUUGUGGUGUGAUAGACAGCUGCAAAUCAUUCCUGUUGCACAAUUAAGCAGGCAACCCGGGGGGAAAUACGAGCUCAGAUGGGAUUUUAAGGAAAUCUUGAGUGUCUUUAGAAUAUCUCUUGUUUGAAGCUUUAUGAAAGUGAGUCACUUUAAAAGACCCAGAAGGAUAAUGUUACCUAAGUUUAUUGCAGUCACCCAGCACGAAUUGUUGAGACUGACAAUUGAUUUCAACCAAACUGUUCGCAGAACAAUGUAGCUAAUGGUCAGUUGCUGCCAUCAUACUCCUGAAUCUCUCUUCUGUCCCAUCUUAAUAUUUGUGCAUUCUUUGUUUUCCUGCAGUGUGCUUUGUAUUUCUCGUGAAAGUGAACAAAACAUUUUUUUUUUCUUUUUUCACCACUUCUGGGUUUCUUCACACAUCAAAGUGAAGUGUACAUUGGGUCAAAAAAUCUGAAACCGAAUUUCUUUUUCUUUUCUUUUUUUCUUUUUUUAUGAGGAUGUGACACACAAAGUAUACAUAUUUCAGAUUCUUCAGGCUUCUGACUGUGUUUAUCAAAAUGUCUGAUAUUUAUAAGUCUCAAACUAGGAUACACAGGGGGAUGGAUUUUUUUAUGUCCAGCCACCAUUGUCUGAAAUAAUGAACAUUAGUUUCAUAUGAUGUUUUUUUUAUUUUUAUUUUCUUUAAAAUAAGAUGAUCUAUUGUACAGUGUAGUUGGUGUCAUAUCAUCAGUUUAUAGUAUUUAAACCCUCUUCCUGGACAUUUCUUUUCUGUUUUAUUCAGUUUCCCCAUAUUUGGAGCAGAAUCAACUACGAUUGCAAAUAACAAAAUAAAUAAUGACAAACACAUUGUUUCUGUAGAUUGUGACAUUUACAUGUGAAUUUACACUGAAUAACAUUUUAGUUUUUCAAUGAGAAAACUUUGGCAUCAUAAGACUGACAUGAAGGUCAUGAGAAUUUUAUAAUCAUGAAACUUUACAUUUAUUCAUUUUGCAUACUCUUUUACACAAAGCGACUUACAAAUUAGGUAUACAGCAAGCAAUUUGUCGUAAAGAGGCAAAUAAACACAAGAAGUGCUCAAAAUACAAAGUUUUAGACAUUGCAUAGAGUAGAAUAAGCUGGAAUAGGGAGGGAUUAAAGGAAAGUAACAGCAUAGAUUUUUUUAUGAUGAGUUUUAAGUGCUCACAGAAGUGAUGUUUAUGUUGGUUCAUAAUUUUAUGUUGAAAAAUUAUUACAUUAUUUGUGAUUACAUUAUUUGUAAUCAUUGAUUGAUUAUUUAAUUAAAUUACACUAUAUUGUAGAUAUUUUGAGCACCUAACCUGAACCCUAGUUCUAACCAUUUAUCAAUAUACUAUAAUGUAAAAUAUUAUAAAACUUGUAAAGGCAGAAAGUACAAUUAAUUAACUAAUUACAAAUAUUCCAAGUCUUCCAAGGUCAAACAAAUGUUUUAUAUGAGAAAAAUACCUAAAUUUGAUCGUCAUCCCCAUCUACUGUAAUGCUCAAACCCCACAUGCAUGACACUAAAUGCUGCUUGUGGUAUCUCUAUCGUGAUGCAUGUUUCUCUUGGACAUUCAUCAGUAUCAGACACAGUGAGAAUGAGUUUGUCCAUGGCCAACAGGAAAUGAACAUUUACAGUGAUAUAAAAACAUGCUUUAACCAGCCUAAUCUGAUUUUCUGUUAUUAGCUGUUAUAAGAUUUUCUCCCAGCCUGGCCAAGCUGGUGUUUAGCUGGUUGGUUGAUUUAUGAUGUUUUUCAGCAGGGAGUUCUAUGCAAAAAAAAUGUAAAAUCUUACAGAAAACUUUCAGUUGUUCUAGAAAGGACCUCAAAGACCAAAAUUUACACAAAACUUCACAAUUUAUUUUAUAACCUACAAUUGUUCUAUGGAAUCACUGAAGUGAAUCAAGUUUUUUGCAUAGAUGUUUAGAAACAUAUUUUACCUUGCGUUGUCAUAUAACUCCAUAUAUGACAAAUAAGCAUUGUCACUAAAAGUCCUCUUUCUUUCCCACUGUAAAAGAAAAUAUAUAUAUAUAUAUAUUAGUUUCAUCUGCCAUUGUUUUUUCUCCCCUGCUGUUCCACGACUCCGUCAGAAUAGACCCAUGACUCCCCACUUGAGAACACUGGUUUAGAGAUUUGGCUCUGGCAUUUGGUGAGGCAGUUCUUUGCCGUUUCUACCGGUAAAGUCACUUUUUGAGCAGACCAGUAGUUCACUGCAGCCUGUCUUAUACAUCUAAUUACAAGUUGCAUACACUUUUUAUAUUAUGGUGUUUUAGAAAUAAGAGUGCUUAUCUUUCUCUCCUUGUAACAUUUUUUUUUUUUUAUCUGAAAAAUCUCAGUUUAUGGAUGUUUUCUUUUUCAG